AUGAUAAAUUCAAAUCAUUUUAAUAAACAACAAUUAUUUGUAAAUAACCAGAGAAAUAUCUAUACUUCUUCGUCGUUGUCGUCUUCUUCUUCUACAAAUGACAUCAAAAUAUUGGUCAAUAGUACUAAACUCUCCUCACAGGUUGAAGAAGAAGAUAAGCAACAGAAGAGGCCAACUGAUACAAUGUCAUACUUUAAUCCACCGCAUACAUUAUGGUUACCAUCUAUAUUUAAUAAUAUAUCUUUAUUCACCUAUCAUAGAGAAAUAGUAUGGACACUACAUACUACUAAGACUACUACUAAUAGUAGUAGUAGUGAGCGCUACUGCCUCCUGAUUAACUUUGUACGCCUCUCUGAAUACGCGUUGUGA